AUGAAGUGCCACUUGACGCGCUACGGAAACAUUCAGCCGUCGACGAUAGAGUCUCUGACGUACUGCCCGACUGGGAAAUAUUUAGCGUGUACACGAGAGGAGGGAGUAGUUGAGAUUUACUCUACAACACGUUAUACCUUACUUCAGCGUUAUCCCUUGUCACCUAUAAAAGGUUCCUGCAAGAGUAGUUGUUGGGAUGGGGAGAUCUUAUAUGUCGGUGGUUCUGCGAAGAAGGUAUGGGGUAUUAAAGUCUCCGAAGGGCGUAUAGUGACCACAUUGAAUAUCAGUGCCAAAGUGACGUGUUUGUCCUUCAACGGCUAUUUGUUUGUUGGGACUGAGAAAUCUGCUGUUGAAUUUUACUCGAAGUCUGAACACGAUUCGACUUCCUUAUGGUCGGAAGGGCUAUUAAAUCACUCGAAAGGGCGAACGACGUGUAUCGAUGUGUUAGGUGAUUCCGUCUUUGUAGGGACCUCUGAAGGGUUAGUCUUUGGAUGGGUAAAAAAAGGGAAAAGCUUUGAAUUAGUAUUUACAGUAUAUUCCACUGAUCCGAUACGUGAAGCCAAGUACAACUUAUCCCGUCACGAACUCAAUUUUAGUCUUCCCGAACAAGAAGAUAUCAAGAAAGAGCAGUGGGAUUAUGUAGAAGUACCUCAGCGGUAUACACCUGUUUGUGCUUUGAAAUUGAUAGAUGCGAUGACUGUAGCAGUUGGAUCUUCACAUGGGAAGAUUCAGAUAUGGGACAUAAUGUCUAUGACUAUAAUAGCUGAGUUUAAAGAGCAUCAAGCUGAUGUCUUAUGUUUUGCUUUAAGUGGGACUACAUUAUAUGCUUCUGGUGUUGAUCAUAAGAUCGUAGAGUUCAAAGAGUGUGAUGGGCGAUGGAAGAGUCGGAAGAGAGUGAGAUAUCAUACACAUACUGUUAAAUCUUUAGCUGUGAAUCAACAUCAUUUAGUAUCUGGUGGGGUUGAUACUACUUUCUUUGUCUUAGAUAACAAGAACAUCGACUCGAUCAUUUUAAGACGUUUCCCUUUCGGAAGAACAAAUUCUGCAGUUCAUAUUUGUCCAGUUGCCCGCAUUGUAGUGAUGCUCGAGAAGCCAAAUGUGAUUUCCUUUUAUACUCUCCAACCUUCAGAACCCUUUUCAGAUCAUUCUUCCGAGAUCAAAAGUGCAGACUAUGAUUUGCUCUAUCAAAUCGUCCUCGCUAAAGACUGCCAAGUCAACUGCUUCACCGUCAACACUACUUGCUCACAAUUAUU